AUGUGUCUCAAACGAAACAAAAAUGCAAUCAUCUCUUUACUAGUAUUUUUGACAAUUUCAGUCACUGUCAAUUGUCUCACCUUUGAUGUGACCAAAUAUGAUGGAAGGCCCAAUUCUGAUAUCACUCAGGCUAUAACCAAUGCUUGGAAAGACGCUUGUGCGGCACCAACUUCAGCUAAGCUCGUGAUUCCGAAAGGGAUAUACAAAUCAAGGAAAGGAUUUUUCUUUGGACCAUGCAAAUCACCUAUAGAGUUUCAGCUUGAAGGCACAUUGCAGGCCCCGUCGACAGCCAACGGCUUCCUAAAGGGCGACGGAUGGGUUACUUUUGAGCGUAUCAACAAGCUAUCCGUGUACGGUGGUGGAACUUUCGACGGUCAAGGAAAAGAUAGUUGGGGAAAGCAUUGCAACAGGACUAAUUAUUGCAGUAAACUCCCCAUUAAUAUUAGGUUGAACUAUGUGACCAAUUCUGUGAUCAAGAGUGUAACAUCCCUAGACAGCAAACAAUUUCACUAUACAGUUUUGGGAGGAGAGAACCUGUCCUUCAAAAAUCUCAAAAUAUUAGCACCUGCCGACAGCUGGACGACUGAUGGAAUCCACAUUGGGCGUUCGAACAACAUCACCAUCACGGAGUCGAUAAUUCAAACUGGGGAUGACUGCAUCUCAAUCGGGGAUGGUACCAAGAAGUUGACCAUAACGAAAGUUACAUGCGGACCGGGCCACGGAAUCAGUAUUGGGAGUCUUGGAAGGUACAAAAAUGAACUCCCUGUGCAAGGUAUCAGUGUCAGGAACUGCACAUUCAAGGGCACCUCAAACGGAGUUAGGAUCAAGACAUGGCAAGGUUCUCCCGAGGGCGUUGCAACAGACAUGCACUUUGAGAACCUCAUCAUGUACAAUGUUGAAAACCCGAUCGUCAUCGACCAAGAGUAUUGCCCAUGUGUCACAGGGUUAAUUUUCUCACUCACAAAUUUUCCCCGCGAUGGCCUAGAUUCCUCAAUCUAG